UGGCCUCUGCUCAAAGGUUCCGUAGGCAGCAAACGUACACACGAUAUCUCUUGAAGGGAAUGAGAUUUAGCAAAUUCGCUCAAUCGAGAGCCUUUCCAUCGCAGUAGUAAACAACCAGCUCUCAAUAUCACCAACUCACGAAUCAGCGCUUGGCGCAUAUCCCAAAAGCCUCCGAAAUCUCUACCCAUCAAUUUCCAACCAACCUUCUUAUAUAAACCCCAAACGUCCCACCUCAAAUCAUCAUCUCAAAUCUCCCCUUCAAACUCAUGCCCACCACCACACCACGCCUCCUCUCCAUCCUAACCCAAUUUCUACCCAUCACCAGAAUGACACCACCCUCCACCGCCACCUUCGCCUCAGCCUACCUUCGCAUGACAGGCGGCUGCACCAUCCACCUCGCCAACACCAUGCUCUCCUUUCCCUCCCUCCCGCCCAUCACGCCCGCGUCCUACGUCCUCGACAACGCAUGCGGGCCUGGCGUCGUAACCUCCCUCCUCAAGUCCCGCCAUCCGGCCGCAAGAGUCAUGGCAGCGGACCUCGCGCCCGCCAUGCUCGACGAAGUCGAUGCGCAGAUCCAGCAGAAUGGGUGGAGCGGUGUCGAGACCGCCAUGCUGGAUGUCAGGAACUUAGAAGGAUUGGACGACGAGAGUUUCACGCACGUGUUUGCGAAUCUCGCGCUGCCGGUGCCGGGGGAUCAGGAGAGCGGGAUCAAAGCGGCGAGGGAGAUGUUUCGGGUGGUUAAGAAAGAGGGCGUGGUGGUGGUGUCGACGUGGGCGGACCGCGUCUGGCCCGCCGCCUUCACUUCAACCGCCCACCGCAUCCGCCCCACCGCGGUCCCCCAGAAUGCAAUGGCGCUGGAGCCGGAGUACCUUACCGGCUCGUGGCUGCUGCGCCAGCUGGAGGAAGGGGGGUUUGGGAAGAAUGUUGAGAUCAAGUCUGUGCCGACGUAUACGAGUGCGGCAACUCUAGAUAAGCUGGUCGAGAAUAUGUUUAUGGCGAAGGGGAUGUUUUUUACGGGGUUCGAUGAGGAGGAGUUGGGCAAGGCGAAGGUGGUGCUUAAGGAGGAGAUGAAGGGGCUGCGGACGUUUGAGGAGGUUGAUGGAGGGGUUAGGGUGGGGAUGAGGGCUUGGGUUGGGGUUGGGUGGAAGAGGGGGGAUGAGGGAGAGGUGGCUUGCUGA